AAGAAGAGUCUCCCCCUAAAAGAGCUAAAUUAUUAUUCUGCAGAAGACGCGUCUUCUUCUUCUUCUUUGGUAGAAAUCAGAAGCGAAGAAGAGAUCAAAUCAAUCCGAUCGGAGAUGGGUUGUUUCAGUUGCUUCGACGGAACCCAAAAGGAACAGCGUAAGGAAGAAGAGAGACAAGCCUCCGCCGAAGCUCGCGCCAGAGCCGCCGAAGCUGCCCAGCGACGGAAAGAGCAGUUUGAUAAGUCUGCAGCUGGAAGAGCUGCACAAGCUCAAUUACAACAAAUGGAUAAACAAUCUGCAAAUAUUAACAAAGGAGAGCCUGUUCUUAAGGUUUCUUUUACUACUUUCCUCUGCUUUAUUAUUAUGUAUCAUCAUCGAGUUAAAGUUUUCUUAUUUAACUUUAUCUUUGCUAUGACUUGCAGUGGCAAAUGACGUAGUGAUGAGACUGGGAUUUGAAGGAAUCGAAUUGUGAGAUUGGUUCAUUGUAAAUUGUGUGCUUUCUCAAUGUUUGCAAGACCUUUAAAUAAGAAUGGAAUGCUUAUUUCUUCUUAUUCAUCUGAUUAUCAUUUUACUUUGCAAAACAAAAACAAAAACAGGGUACAAUGUCUGUUUUAUUGUGAGCUCUGGACUAACUGUUCACUGUAUGUCUGUAUCCAAUAAAGAGUUGUUUAGAGCAA